CCCCGUCUAGUGUCCGCCUACACGAACUUACUGUCGGCAGAGGCACAGGCAUUUCGCGUCUACUGGACCGAAAUCCGAUGUAACAGAGGUGCCGUUUCACCCAACUGCAACGAACACAACUCGAUGAAUGUGUUUUAUAUCCACACCGCCCGUUUGAAACUAUACUUAAUGCCUUCUCUUUCGUCAGAUAUGGAUUCUCCGUUUCAGUUUUCUGCAAUAUCGACAAACAACGGAUCGUGUAGGACAGCCCCAUCAUGUCGGCGCUCUUCAAUUUCCAUUCGUUCCUAACGGUGGUUCUGCUCGUCAUAUGCACUUGCACCUACGUCAAGAUGCAGUUUCCCACCAUCCUCGAACAGAAAACCGGGUUUCGAGGUUUCUUUUGGAAAGCAGCCAGGAUAGGUGAACGCUUGAGUCCCUGGGUGGCCAUGGGGUGCUUCACGAUGGGUGUGUCUAUAAUAGUUUUUUGAGCGUCUGCAGCAGUUUCAUUCUUAUCUGCUGGGGUGGCGGGAAGAGACCGCUUCUACUGAUGCCAAUGGCACCUACUGCACAUGGGUUCUUAUGUAAGGAUAUGAUGACUUUCGAUUGCGGGACAUGGGAUAGGCCUUGUGGUUGGCUUGCUUGUAUUUCAUAAAUGGUCCACAUAAAAUGCUCUGCUUUUUUCCUACAUAAGCUGGAAGCCUUUUCUCAUAGUGGGAGAUUGAAUCUUUACCAGAACAACAUUUUGAGAAUAGGUUAUAUUCUAUUGACCACUGGCCCACAUUGCCGCCAUUUUUGCUUUA